AUGGCCGCCUCGGGGAAAGAUGUAGGGCUCAUCACCUACCCAGCCAUUGUCAACAUCGCCACCCUCGUCGUAUUCUUCGUCUACCUCGUUAUAUCCAUCUGGCUCAUCUUUCGACAGGGCCUUGGCCGCAGCUCACCAUGGAUCUGGCUCACCAUUCUAGCCAUCUGCCGUCUCACCCAGGUCUCGCUCGAUUUGGCUGCUACCACCAUGUACCCGAUAGGACAAUCGUCAAACACUAGCUUGGAAAGCGGCGUCGCAAUCCUGACUACCAUGGGCUUGACGCCCCUGUUCAUGUCUACCAGCAGCCUACUCAACACGACCACCAGGCCUAAAGGACGUCGCAUGCAAUGGAUCCUGCUAGUAUUGCAUAUUCCUCUCAUCAUUUCCUUCAUUCUUAUUGUCGCUGGUGGCAUCGAUCCAGACUCACGAGACGGACCCACUUUUGCAGCCACCGAAAGUACCAAGGCUGGCAUCACACUUUACUUGGCAUGUUUCGUUGUCCUCGUCUGGUCAACCAUUGUCAUCUCUGCCCGCCUUUAUCUUGCGGACAGAGAUGAAGUGCGCAUUCUUACGACUGUUGUGCUCAGUCUGCCUUUUUUUGUCGUCGACAUCGUCUACAUGAUGUGUUUCGCCUUCGAGCGCUGGGAAGUCGACGACUUUGACGGCUGGCAGCACAUGCGUUUCAAUGUUAUUAGUGGAAGCGUCACCCUUCAACUGUGCAUGCAAGUAAUCAUGGAAUGGAUUAUUGUUGCUCUAUAUCUGGCCUUGGGUUUGGAGCUUCCCAGUAAAGCUGCAAGAUUGCGACGUCAGAUUGAAGACCAAAUGGAUCAAGCUAGGAAUCUCGACGUUGAUGUCCUUCAAGAGACCGUGUUAUGGAAGGCUCACGAUGCCAUAUCCCGCAUGAUUGCCGCCAUGAUCAUGCCCGCCCUUCAACUUGCACACUGGAUCCUUGGAAAGAUACUGCGAUCUGGACAGAAUCAAACCUGA